GCCUUGCUCACUCGUCAUUCCGUGUCUGCUUUGCCUGCUGCUUACAUCUACCACUGACACUUUGCUGUGUGUGCCAAAACAAGAUUGUUUCUACUAUUCGUAUUUUUCUGCAAGUCUACUGUGUCCAUCAUGACUAAAGCAUCCAACCGAAGCGUUCCUGGGGGCGAGAAGAAAGCCAUUAAAGCCAAAGCGCCUUCUGCAACCAUGGGUGGAGACAAGAAGAUGAAGCGCAAGAAGAAGCGAAAGGAGAGCUACAACAUCUACAUCUACAAAGUCUUGAAGCAGGUCCACCCUGAUACCGGCAUCUCCAGCCGUGCCAUCAGCAUCAUGAACAGCUUCGUCAACGAUGUGUUUGAGCGAAUUGCCGGGGAGGCCUCCCGCCUCGCCCACUACAACAAACGGUCCACCAUCACCAGCCGUGAAGUCCAGACCGCAGUCCGUCUCCUCCUGCCCGGUGAGCUGGCCAAGCACGCCGUGAGUGAGGGCACCAAGGCCGUCACAAAGUACACCACUACCUCAAGAUAGAUUCCGACCGAUGCCAAAAUAAUAAUAGACGGACUUUUUCAGAAACAAAUUGAAUAGAAAGAUACAAUAUUUAUCGUCAACGCAUCGCGUCUAUUGGUAGUUGAGUGGAAAGAUGAUUUUUGUAAAUAAAUAGUUGUAAAUUUAUGUUUGUUAUAUGUACUAUUCUUCUUUUUUAAUGGUUUAGAAAUAAAAAUUAUCAAUGAAAAUUAAUAUCCUGGUUUGGAGAGUACUUUUGUUUUUCAGUGUUGUUGACUUAGUAAUAAAACUGGUUUGUUUGUUUGGUUGGUCGGUUUCUCAAAGAAUACUUGCCUUUAUUGUGAACGUUUUUCACUUUUACCAAAAUAAAGCUUCCAAUAUUUAUCAGAAAAGAUUGGAGUGGGAAACAAAAACAACCAUAAGUUAAUUAAAUAUAAC